GUGCAUUUGUGUUGUCCGGUGUUUGAAGACGCUUGGAAUUCGCUUUCAAUUUCUUCAUAGGAAAAAUGUCGGGUGAUACCGAUAAAGCAAAAAUCAGUGACAAUCAGGAUGAAGACAAGAAAUCUGGUGCAGGCGAUGGCCAGACAACAGAAGAUGAAUCCUCACAGGAUUCUAAGGGUGAGUCGCUGACAAUCGCUGACUGCCAAGAGCCGGAGGUCCAAGGUAACACCGAUGUAGAUCACGAGGACAAGCAGCAAGGUGACGCAAAGUCAACUACGGCAAAUGGCAAAGAAGACGACGGGCCCGCUGAUGACACUAAGGAUGAAAAAGAUGAAAAAACCGACGGAGACUUUAAAAAGGAAGAAAAUGGUGAAACUCAUGAGGAAAAUGAGAAAGAAGAUUUAAAAGAAAACGACAAAGCAGCUAAGAAAGUAGUUCCGAAAAAGAAACCCAAGAAAGAGGAUACUGAGGAAGAAGAAGAGGACGAAGAAGAGGAAGAAGAGGAGGAGGACGAGGAAGGCGAGGAGGUUGACGAAGAAGAAGAGAAAAAACCAAAAGACAAAGUAAAGAAACCAGUUAAGAAAGCUAAAGAAGGCGACGAUGAAGGCGAUGAUGAGGAGGAGGGAGAAGAGGAGGGCGAGGAGGAGGAGGAAGAGGAAGAAGAAGAGGAGGAGGCACCUAAGCCCAAACCUAAGAGAGAGCCAACAGAACCUCCCGUUCCUCUGCCGGCCGGGAAGGGCAUACCUCUUGGACACAUCAGCAAUGUCGAAGUUUCACUGUCACGGUUCAAAACUCAAGAUCAGAAAAUACUUCACCAGUAUCUCUAUGGGCAACUCUGUUUGGACCGCAACGUGAAACGCAACAUAAAGAAGUUCAAAGGGUACGAGUGGGCCAUCGGCUCCACGGAAUACAAGGCUAAGCUCGAGGAGACGGCUAAGAUGGAGCUCAAGCAACUCAGGACAAUGUGUGAAAUGCUCGACUUAGACAAAAAAGGCGGCGCGAGCGAGCUAGCAGCGCGCCUGGUGGGCUUUCUGCAGCAGCCCACCGCCAACUCGCCGCACGCGCGGGGCGUGGCGCGCGCGCCCGUGGCGGCGCAGCCCACCUCCGCGCCCGGCGGCCGCCCGCGCCGCUCCGCCGCCGUCAAGAUACACAACAGAGGUUACUCGGACGAGGAGUACGAAACCGAUCCAGAGACGAAGGUCAAGGGGCCGAAGCCGGCGAAGGAUGGCUCGGAGGAUUCCGAUCAGGGCUCCUUCAACCCGAGCGGCUCGGAGGCGGACUCCGACUUCGACCCGGAGGCCGGCGAGGGCGCCAGCGGGCCGGGCCGCAAGCGUAAGAGCUCCGGACGACGUCGCUCCGCCGGCAAGCCGGGCAAGCGGGGAAGGAAGGGCAAAGGAAGGAAGGUAAAGGGAGCAAGCAGAGGUCGCGGUCGGAAGGCAAAGUCGGAGAGUGACGAUGAAAGCGACAAGUCUGAGAGUGAAAGCGAGGGAGAGUCCGGCAGUGACGCGGAAGAAUCCGAUCAGGAGCCGAAGUCGAAGCGCGGGCGGCCGGCGGGCGCGGUGGGCAAGGGCCGCAAGGGCGCCGUGGCCAAAGCCAGCGCCAAGGCCACGCCCGCCAAGCGGAAAGCUCCCACGCCGCCAGGUAAAAAGAAGGGUGGUGCCAAGCCAGUGGGUCGACCGGCCAAGAAGGGUAAGAAGGCGUCGUCUGAAGAAUCCGGAGAGGGCAGUGAGGAAGAAGAGGAGGAGGAAGGUAGUGAGGAGGAGGAGAGCGGAGAGGAGUCUGAUACGCCAGCGGACAAGAAGGCUAAACGGCCGCCUACUGACGAGGAGAUUAAGAAGUACGUGAAGCAAAUCCUCGAGGGAGCAAACCUCGAGCAGAUCACGAUGAAGACGGUGUGCAAGCAGGUGUACAGCCACUACCCGGACUUCGAUCUCGCGCACAAGAAGGACUUUAUCAAGGCAACAGUCAAAUCGUGUAUUUAAGAUGUUUAGGAGUUAAGGGCGGAGUGUAGAUGUCUACGUAGCAUACCUAUAGUUUAUAAACGGACAUAGUUAUAUAUUAUUACAAUAAUAAUAUAUUAUGAAAAAAAAAAAUUAAUUAUCUGAAAUGAAGUGGAAUGGAUAAACUCCCGCUUUUCUUUUCAAGCUCAUAUCAUCGUGAGCGGUGACCUCGGCCGCAAACAUUUAGCAAAGUAAGCUACACCACGUUAAGUUAGACUAAUUGUGACCCGCGUCCCGCUGAGUCCCGCUGAGUCC